CUAAAACGACUUCACUCUUUCCCUCUCUCUCCCCCUUUCUGCAACGAAGAACGAGCAGCCUCUCGCAGUCUCAAUUUUUAUUCUCUCUUACAGCCUCUCUCUUUAGAAAAAUAUUCUUUUAAACGGUGGCGUUUUGACUCCGAUAGAGGUACUGCUGGUCUCGAUCACGUCAGGUUUCAGAUAUUCGAGCCACAACUGUACCUGGGUCUUCUUCUGUCUCCUUGAAGUGACGGUAUUGGGUUUUAAGUCGUGUUUGAACUUCACGACAUGUGAGUGAAAGUUUUGGGAUUGCUAUCAGAAUUUUGCAACACAGGGUAUUUUAGCAUGGGGGGUGCUUGUUGUGUUGCUGCUAGAGAUAAAAAUAUUGUAAAUGGACCAAGUAGUGAGAUCUUGCAUAGGAAUAUUCGGUAUUCGCCAACAUGGAGCUUUCGGUGGGAUAAUAGAGGGCGAGUAGCUGGGGAGGAAACUUCCAUAACUUGGUUUUCAGACACAAAUGGUAGGAACGAUGGACUAGAGGUUAAAAACGAAUCAGCCUAUGCAUCUGAGGAAGGAAGCCCGUUGGAUAGUUUUAGGAGACGUGCAUGGCAGAAGUCGCCAAUAUCUGAUGGUACUGCUGCACAUGUGAGGACUCCGGGUUCAGAUCAAUCUGUCUCAAGGAAUAUGUCAAUGGACACAAGUGUGGAACAGAUGAAGGAGUCAGCGGAAUCCCCGGCAGUUUCAAAUCCAUCCCCAACAAAAUUCUCUCUCUCAUUACCUUCAACAUCAUCCAUACCAUCUCCAGUAUCAUCCCAAAGUUAUCUGCAUCCUGCUAGCUCAACCACACCGAGUUGGCCCAAUCAUUCUUCCGGAAAUCAGUUAAUGGGGCAAGUUUCUGAUACCAGAGUCACUGAAUUUAAGUCAUCAAACAGCUUCUCAGUUCCUGAAGAGAGAUCCUCAGUUCCUUCAUGGAGCAAUGAAUCAACUCGGGGGUCCCAUGGUGGGUCUUCCGAUGGUUGGUCUAUGCAUGCUUUUUCUGAGCUCAUGGCAACUUCACAUAGAGAAAGGUGGUCUUUUGACACUGAGUCCUGGGGCUUGAAUCAUGAGAAAACCAGGUCCAGUGGUCGAAUAUCUUCUUCUCCCUCUGUUGAUUUUCAAACAUGUGGGAUUUGUUCAAAGCUGUUGACUGAGAAAUCUUUGUGGAGCAGCCAGAAGCUUGUUUUGAGUAACGAGCUCUCUGUUGUUGCUGUUCUAACUUGUGGGCAUGUUUAUCACGCCGAGUGUUUGGAGACUUUGACACCUGACAUUAACAAGUAUGAUCCAUCUUGUCCUGUUUGUACGCUAGGGGAAAAACAAACCCAUAAGCUGUCUCAAAAAGCUUUUAAAGCAGAAUUGGAUUUGAAGGCAAAAAACAAAAGAUCGAGAAACCGGGUUGUGGACAGUGAUCUCGAUGGUGAUUCUGUCAUGUUUAAUCGCCUAAAAGGUAGUGGACAUGAAGGAAAGGGUCCCAAGAUGGCUUCAAGCUCCAGCAUGAAGAGCUCCUUGGCAAAGCCUUUCUUGAAGCGGCAUUUUUCAUUUGGAUCAUCAAAGGCUAGUAAAUCCUUAACAGAGAACCAUGCAACCAAAAAGAAGGGAUUCUUCUGGACGAGAUCCAUGAAGGCAUGAGGUUUUUCCUUGUUAUUAAGAGAAAGAUUCCACUGUUGACCUUCUCUGCAUUGGAAAGGGAUUCUGAGGAUCACUGGCACAGGUCAUCAUUCUUCAAAGCUUUGGUUUACAAACAUAUGCACACUUGCAUAACAUUUCUGAAAUCCCAACAGGAUUAGCUUGUGAAGUUACACUUGUAAAGAAAAGUGAAAAAAAAAAAUCAUAGAAAAACGAAUCUUAUAUUGAUCAUGGAAAAUUAAUUAGUAGAUGAAAUUUCAUUGCGAGACUAGUAACUUCUAUUCUUAUUUUUGUACAGAUUAAUUUGUUUUCUUGGUCAGACAAUUAAUGAAUUGAUCCAAAUGAAUGUUGUACACCAAUAAAUCAAAUAUCAAAUUCUCUUCUUUUCA